CCUCCUCCGCUGCGCUGCGCUGCCUCCGUCACAGGACGAGGCAGACAUGUUUGCUGCAGUUCGCUCUUGUCUUCUGCCUAUUAUCAAACUGUACCUGCUCGGUUUCAAGGUGCUGUUGGCUCAGCUGUUCAGCGCACCCUUCCGGUUGCCAGUGAUGCCCAGACAAGAUGGCAAGGUUGCCAUAGUGACAGGAGGAGGCAGGGGAAUCGGCUAUGAGGCAGUCCGCCACAUGGCCAAGCUGGGGGCGCAUGUUAUCAUCGGUGGGAGGGAUGAGCACGAGGGUCGGGUGGUCAUCAGAAGGAUCUGUGAAGAGUACAAAGAAGCCAAAGUGGAUUUCAUCAAACUGGACUUGGCCUCCUUGCAGUCUGUCCGUCAUUUUGUCCAGCGCUUCAAGGAGCGAGACCUACCACUAAACAUUCUAGUCAACAAUGCGGGUGUCAUGCUGGUUCCUGAGGGCCGUACUGAAGAUGGAUUUGAGCAGCACUUCAGUGUGAACUACCUCGGCCACUUCCUGUUGACCUGGCUGCUCCUGGACAUACUGAAGGAUUCUGGGAAAUGUGGUUACUUCUCACGCAUUGUCAACGUCUCUUCCUCAGCCCACCGCGUUGGCAAGAUCGGACUAAAUGAUUUUAAUAGCUGCCAGUGUUAUUCAGCCCAUGCUGCUUACUGCCAAAGUAAGCUGGCCCAGCUGUUAUUUAGUUCCCACCUCCACCAGGAGCUGCAGCAUGGAGGUUUCCCGCUGAGUUCAUGUGCCGUGGACCCUGGCAUGGUGGAUACUGCUCUCUAUCGCCACCUCUGGACGCCCUUCUGCCUGCUGCAGUGCGCCGUUGCUCGCCUGCUUUUCAAGACUCCUGCAGAGGGCGCUGCCACUGUAUUGUUUGCUGCCCUGUCACCGGCCCUGGAGGGGGAGUGUGGUGGAGGCUACUGGGCCAAGGGGCGCAGGGAGAUGACAACACCAGCGACCUUUGACCCCCAGCUGCAGCUAAGCUUAUGGGAAACCAGCGUCCAGUUGCUGGGCCUGUAGUAGCAUGGGAGGAAUGGACUGGAGUAAACCCUCGAAGGAAAAAAAACAGAUAAAGACCGUUACCACCAGCCACCUCAUCCUCCACGAUCCCGUUUUCUCCGUGUUUAUUUCCGUCCAUUACUCACACCAAGGUUUUCAUAGAGAUUUAUGUUUACAAUCCGCUGCUGGACUGUGAUUGGUUUUUAGGGGAGUGAAGAGCUCCAUUUGUUCCAGACCCACCAAAGAACUAUUUUUUUUUCGCGAUGAGCAAAUAAACAUACACCAACACACAAUAGGGUUCUAUCAAUAUAUGAUUUUGCUGUCAAAGUUACUGGGCAGCUGCUGGCCUUAAGUUCUUCACAGAUAUCAGUUAUCAUCCAUCUCUGAUGUGAAGUUUAUUCACUGAUCAUAACUAACCUGAUGUCUGGCCAGAGAAAUCAUUCCGCAGUGCUAUGUUCUAAAAUGUGCAACGGCACCUGCUCCACUCUGCCUUAAUGUCAUCCGCCUGGCUUUCAGUGCGUUCAUCGUCCCUGUGAACUAACUGCUCCAUCUGUAAAGUCAAAAUAUCAGCAAACAUUAAAAUGCUUUUUUGAAAAAAUUAUUAUUACAUUUCAAAGCUGAAUGUUGGUAAACUGACUUCAAAAUCACAUGGCGGUCAAGCCCUAGCUUACACACACACACACACACACACACACACACACACACACCUCCAAGUCAUGAUGGUAAUGUGAUGUCAUCAGUUUGCUUUGACACAUCACAAUGAUUUCAGAGACAGUCCAGCCAUCCCACUUGUUUGACUUUGAGCACUUCGUUUUUUGGGACAUUCUUGUGCGUCUACUGGUUAUUACUGAGUCCUAACAUAAACUGCCAACAGGUGUAUUGUAAGCAAUGUUUUAGGUUCUGCUGUUCUCAUAAAUAUUUGACAUCUUA